AUGAAUGUUGAACCAGUUGCUGAAUCAACUAGUGAACUCAAGGCGCCAAAUUCUAAAUUACCUAAACAAGGUAUUGCAGAAGGUGUUGUGAACAGCAUACCUGAAUCAUGGUCAAUAGAACAAGUAGCUCAAUGGCUUUCAUCAAUCCAUUUGGAAAAACAUAUCGAGAAGUUUAGAGAAAAUGAAAUUAAUGGCUCAUUACUAAUGAGUGAUGGUUUAGAUGAUAUACUAUUGAAAGAAUUAAUUCCUCCAUUGAAAUAUCGAAUAAUUUUCAAUAAUGAACGUAAGAAACUUAGAUCAAGACAACAGCAGAAAUCGACAAUAUCAACAGCCAAUACAAAUGAUAUUCGUGUUACACUAAAAUCAACCAACACAUCUAAAAUGGUAAAAGAUAGGAGUUUAAGUUAA